GCCACGCGCGUAAUACAUUACCGUGCCAUUGAUAUUUUUUAUUCGGCUACGCGAGUGAAUGAAAAUAAGUUUAGUGACAGCACGAGGGCCUGCGGAUUCGCGAACAUUUUAUUUAUGGCGUAAAGCAUUUGUUCAUCCACAUGACCUAUGUUGAAAUAGGCCAACUGUAAGGUUUUUUUAAAUUAUUAUUUUCUAAUUCGUCUUGAUACCAGCCUGUAAUGAAAAUGACAGAGACCUGAGCGGGGCGGGGAAUGCUGUAUAACCGUGCAGAAGCUGCAAAGUUUAGCAGAGCUAAACACUGACCACAUACAUUCCAGAAGAUUUCUGCAUUAAGAGAUGGCUGAUUUGGAUGGUAAUGACUGCAUCUCCCUACCGAAGUUACAGUUUACUCCUUUCAGCAGUGCACUUGAUGCUGGCUUCUGGCAUGAAUUAACACGGAGGAAGCUGAACGACUAUCGGUUGGAUGAAAGCCCAAGACGCAUCAAAGGAUACUAUUGCAAUGGUGACCCUGAUGGACUGCCAAUGCGAUUAACCCUGGAGUUUAGUGCUUUUGAAAUGGAGUCUGCAACUCCAACACGCUGCUGUGCUGCAACAGGACUACUCUACAAUACUAACACUCUUGAAUCAUUCAAGGCCUGCGAUAAGAAGGCACUGCUGCAGAAGUCAGUUGAAGAGAUAUGGAAGUCGAUAGAGUUUGAUGAGACACCUGACUGCCUUAACCUGAACCGAUUUCUGCUUCUAACCUUUGCAGAUCUGAAGAGGUACCGCUUUUAUUACUGGUUCUGUUUUCCUGCCUUGUGUCUUCCUGAAGGUGUUCAUUUGCUGCAACCUCCAGCACCCUUAAGCAAGACGUUCUCACUCAAUCAGAUAAAGGCACUUCAAGAUGCCUAUGAUGCACUCUGCUGCAGAACUGGAGCUUCAGCUAUUCCUUAUUUUGUUGUGAAGUACACAGUCGAUUCGGUGUCCAUAUCUCCUCUAGCAAGCUUGGAAGAAGAGGUUAGAGCCCAGAAAAAGGUCACCAUUGGAGUUUAUGACCCCUGUACACUACCUCAGUACCCUGGAUGGCCUUUGAGGAAUCUUUUGUAUCUCAUCACCUAUCGCUGGGGACAAGUCCUGGAUUCACUGGAAGUGCUAUGCUUCAGAGACAGGACUCUGCAAGGCAUGCGUAGCUUGACACACAGCUUGCUGUUUGAAGUGAAGCUCCCCAAGCUUUCAAAUGCUUCAGGGUGCCCUAAAGGUGUUGGUUGGGAGAAGAACCAAAAAGGAGCAAUGGGACCAAGAAUAGUGAACCUCAGUGAAUGCAUGGACCCUAGGCGACUGGCUGAGUCCUCAGUGGACCUGAAUCUAAAAUUGAUGCGUUGGAGGCUGGUGCCAACUCUGGACUUGGAGAAAGUGAUCAGCACGAAGUGUCUCCUGCUUGGAGCGGGGACACUGGGCUGCAAUGUUGCCAGGACACUUCUGGGCUGGGGUGUAAGGCACAUUACCUUUGUGGACAAUGCUAAGAUUUCUUACUCCAACCCAGUACGCCAGCCUUUGUAUGAGUUUGAAGACUGUCUAGGUGGUGGAAAGUCCAAAGCAUUGGCAGCAGUGGAGAGGCUUAGAAAAAUCUUUCCUGGAGUGGAUGCACACGGUCACCACUUGAGCAUCCCCAUGCCUGGCCAUCCAGUAAAUUUCUCCGAAGAAACCAUGCAGCAGGCUCUCAAAGAUGUGCAGCAGAUGGAGGCCCUCAUCUCGUCCCAUGAUGUUGUUUUUCUGCUGAUGGAUACACGCGAGAGCCGAUGGCUGCCCACCAUGAUUGCUGCAAGCCAGAGGAAGCUUGUCAUUAAUGCUGCCCUGGGCUUUGACACUUUUGUUGUAAUGAGACACGGCCUAAAAAAGUUACCAGUGCAGGACAGCAGCACGUCAUCAGGGGAUACUGGAUCAACAUCACUCUUCUCCAACAUACCUGGCCACAAGUUGGGAUGCUACUUCUGCAAUGACGUUGUGGCGCCUGGUGAUUCGACCAGAGACCGUACCUUGGACCAGCAGUGUACGGUCAGUCGCCCUGGCUUAGCUAUGAUUGCCGGUGCUCUCGCUGUUGAGCUUCUUGUCUCUGUGUUACAGCAUCCAGAAGGUGGCUAUGCAGUGGCCAGCAGCAGUGAUGACCGAAUGAAUGAGCCUCCAACUUCACUGGGCCUUGUCCCACAUCAGAUUCGAGGAUUUUUAUCCCGCUUUGACAAUGUGCUUCCUGCUAGCCUGGCUUUUGACAAAUGCACAGCAUGCUCCGCCGCGGUACUCCACCGUUAUGAGCGCGAUGGCUUCCAGUUUCUGGCAGAAGUGUUUAACUCUUCUCAUUCCUUUUUGGAAGAUCUGACAGGACUGACACUGUUGCACCAAGAGACUCAGGCAGCUGAGAUCUGGGACAUGAGUGACGAUGAAAGCAUCUAAAGAUAUCCGCAGACCUCCGCUCUACUUCAACCCUGUGCUUGAACCCACGAUACUUUUCCAAUAGCAGUGAUCUGCACAGCCAAGACUUGCAGGAGAUCAAAGCAGCAGUUAUCAAUGAAUGACAAAUUGGUGCACUUAAUGAAGGACUGUGAUAAAGGCGCCAUAAACACUCGGUGAGGGCCGACUUUCUAUUUGUAUUUAAGACAAUUCAACCACGAGUGAGAAGCCACGUGCCUACCUGGGCUGCCCAGUUGGCACACCCCUUCCAUCCAUCUUUACAGGUACCUGUGGUUUGAGGGUUAGGGGUUUCUUUUGCUUCCCUCCUAAUCAAGCACCUUUUAAUCUGGCAACACUUCUGAUUGACUUCGCGUUUGAAUUUGCAUCAUGUUUUAUGCCUUUAAAUUGAUGUGGCCACACAGACGUUGCCAGCAGCUCUACUUUCCUCUUUCCUAUCGAUGAUUUGAGCUUUUCAAACUGCAGAUCAGGGGUUCACCUAUCUCUGUGUCCUCUUCCUCCUUCUUCUAGUGACCACUAAAACUGGAAAAAAAUGAGCAGAGCCCAGUUUUACCUGCCGCCAUGUGCUUAGUGUCUGCAGGGGAGUCACCCAUGGGUGAAGGCCCUUGGCAGCAUCUCGAUUUCUGUAAAUUUCAAUUAUUGUGUCUUACAAAUACUGUAUUUUAAUAACACACAAUCCCAAAGUAAAAAUAUGUAUCAAAAUAAAAUAUUAAAGAAAUGUG